AAAAUGGCGCGGCGACGAGUGACAACGUGUCAGAGAGGGGGGGCGCGUCAGAAGCAAGCUCAGUCCGCCGCCGACCGCCGUGGGUGUCACACGUACCCGCGCCAGUGUUAGUGACUUGUGAGUGAUGUGCUGACAGGCUGGAUCGUGAAGUGUUGUGUGACCAAACGUUUCUACACUGGAGAAGGAUACUUUGUUGUGGAGCAAUAUGCUCACGUCCAGCAACCAGUAUCUGCGACCGGACUACCUGUCGCCCUUACCGACCACGCUCGACGCGAAGAAAAGCCCGCUGGCGCUGCUCGCGCAGACCUGCAGCGCGAUCGGCGCGGACACGCCCAACCCCAAGCUCAUCUCCGCCGCCGAGAAGGCCAGCAAGAAGUACGAGGACAAACCUCUCCACAUGGACAACAAACCGAGUUUUAAGCCUUACGAGUCGUGCCUGACGAGAGAAAAGACUAGAACGCCCGAAGACAGAGCUUCGUCCGUCAACGCUCACUCCAAAACGCCGUCGUCGAAAGGGAGCGCCUCCACGACGCCGGUCCAAGCGCGAUGCGGCAGCAACCAAAGUUCGUCAUCCCAGAGGACGCCCCCGCCGACGCAGCGCAAGUCGCCGUCGGAGAAAUCCGACGAGAGAUCCAGUCCUCUGCACUCACCCGCUCAAGCCAAAUCGACAGAUUCUUCUAGUUCAUCGUCCAAGUUACCGUACCCACCGAGUACAUUGUCGUCGUCCGUAGAUGCCAAAGAAUCGUCCAGCUUCAAGCACAGCGUACCUGUUUCUUCGUCAGCUUUUCUCGGUGGCUUACCUCCCACUGGAUUCCCGUUACCUAUGGAUUUAAUGACGAGUAGUCUCAUGGCAGCGCAACAUCAGGCGUUGAAAAAUGGGCUGAAUCCGUACCUCGCGUACGCGAGAAUGAAAGCUCCGGGCGGCGAUUUAGGUAUCUGCAGAGACCCCUAUUGCACCGGGUGUUCUCUGAGUUCGCACUUGCUCAAAUCUGCGGUGUGCCCUGCGGGGUGUUCUCAGUGCGAUCACGCGAAGACGCCUUUUCAUCUACCGACCGGACACCCGGCUGCGGCGGCGUACGCCCACGCCCAAUUGGCAGCUUUAGCGGCUGCCUCGCAGCUACCGUUUGUGUGCAGUUGGAUGGCGGGGGACUCGGCCUACUGCGGGAAGAGAUUUGCGACGUCGGAGGAACUGCUGCAGCAUUUGCGGUCGCACACCGCCAGCGGCGAAUCGAGCCCGAGCCUGUCGAUGCUGAGCGCCACGCACCCGCUGCUGCAGAGGACGUACCCCACGCCGCCGCUGUCGCCGCUCACGCCGCGGUUCCACCCGUACAGCAAGCCGUCGCACUUGGUGUCGUCGCCGCCGCUGCCGUUCCACCUGCCGCCGCACCCGUCGCUGGCGGCGUACUUCCCCUCGUACCCGCUGUUCGGGCCGCGGCCGCUGCACCCGUGAGGACCGUCGGCGCUCCACGGACACAAGAAGGGGGGCGCCGACCACUAACGCGCAUGCCAAAAGGACAUUCGGAGCCGGGGAAGUGUACAUAUGAGGUAGGUCCCCGGCCUCCGGGCGGCUCAUAUCAACGACGGACUUACCCCGCGGGGUGCGACAGCUGUGAUCUCUAACUUGUAAUAUUCGAAACGUGGCGGUGCUCUCGGGCCAUCGCGAGUGCGGCUUUUAUUUUCUAGUUAGAUUAACUCAAUUUUUAUGUACCAAAUCUAUAGUAAUGUAAUUUAAUUAUUUUUCUUUAACUUAAGUUGUUACGAUUAAUUAGUGAGGAUUGUUAAUUGUGUUUGUAUUUUUUUAUUAAUUGAAUGUAUAUUUUUCGAGUAUUAUUCGGCAAAACAUUAAACAUAUCUUCGCCAGUAAUGGUAUCCGCUGAAGUCGAGCCUUGAAUGUAAAUCGAGUAUAAUUUUUAUUUUUAUGAACGUGAUAAAAUCUUGAUUGUUCAAACGCAUUUUAAAUUCAGAAUUUUAACAUUAAAAGCUUCGGUAAAGUGGCGCUGGUCUGCAGGAAAUGUUAAUGAGAUAAAAAAAAUCAUCAUUAAAAAUAAAUUUUAAAGCAGAAAUUUGGAUUACAUUGCGUGCACUAGAGUUAUAAAUCACUGUAAUAGCUGCAAUGAGUAUCUGUUAACAAAGAUUUGUUGUUAUAAAGCGCAUAAAAAUGAAAAAAAUAUACGUAAAUAUUUAAUUUCCACAA